CGCGCCGCGCCGGAGAUGGACUGGCUUCGCGGUCUCGCCAUUGACGAAGUAUGGCGGGCUCCGGACCUGAGCUCCCUGGUCGCCCAGCAGAGUCCGUCGGCCUCCGACUGCUCCGCGCCCGCCGACCCGGCCAUGACCCCCGUCGACUCGGAGUCGCGACUGCGCGACUCCGAGUCGACGAGCCGGCUACCUCCGGACGUGGAGCGGGCCGAGGUCGAGGCCUGGCUGGACGACCACCCCGACUUCACCAAGGACUUCUUCAUGAGGAAGGCCACCCGUCAGAUGAUCGACGCGUGGCUUCUCUCCCACGCCAUCACGCAGAGUCUGCAGGAGAGCUGUCUGCAUCGACACGCCACCUCCGUGCCCGGCAGCAGGGUGACGUCGGGCUCCGUGACGCCGGUGCGCAAGAUCUCGGCGCACGAAUUCGAGCGGGGCGGCACCCUGAAGCCCAUCGUCAGCACGGUGGAUGGCAGCCCCACCUUCCUGACGGCGCCGGCGCCCGAGCCGGCCGGCGCUGGCCGGCGCCAGCGCUGCAGACCUCGCGCCGAGCUGCAGCUCCUCGAUGAGAAGGAGCUGAUUUUCGAGCUGGUGAAGGACAUCUGUAACGACUUGGACGUUUGUUCGCUCUGCCACAAGAUCUUGCAGAGUGUGAGCGCGCUUACCAACGCCGACCGGUGCUCGCUGUUCCUGGUGCGCGGCGAGAAGGAGUCGAACACACGGCACUUGGUGGCCCAGCUGUUCGACGUCAGCUCACAUAGCAAGCUGGAGGAAACCAAGCGUGAGCUUCGCAUGCCCUGGGGCGCCGGCAUCGCCGGCUUCGUCGCCGAGCGGGGUCAAACGGUCAACGUGGCCGACGUGUAUCAGGACCCUCGCUUCAACCAGGACGUGGACGCUAGCACCGGCUACCGCACGCACUCCCUCCUCUGCAUGCCGAUCAAGGACAGCUCGGGCGAGGUGCUGGGCGUGGCGCAGGCGGUAAACAAGCAGGGCGGGAGUCGAUUCAGCGCUGCUGAUGAGGAGGUGUUCGCCAGCUACUUGCAGUUCUGCGGCAUCGGACUGCGCAACGCACAGCUCUACGAACGCUCCCAGCUGGAAAACAAGCGCAACGAGGUGUUGCUGGACCUGGCACGGAUCAUAUUCGAGGAACAGAGCACCAUCGAGCGGGUGGUGCAGAGGAUACUGCUGCACGCACUCAGCUUCCUCCAGUGUCAGCGGUGUCAGGUGAUGCUGGUGGACGAGUCGUGUCAGGGCACGUUCUCGCGUGUCUUUGACAUCGAGGCCGACGACCUGGCGGCGGAGGACCUCGAGUCGCGCACCGUGCCGCACGAGGGCCGCUUCCCGGUCAACGUCGGCAUCAGCGGCCGCGUCGCCACCACCGGCAGGGCGCUGAACCUGGCCGACGUGUACGAGUCGCCGCUGUUUGACCGCUCUGUGGACGAGGGCUCGUCGCUGCGCCACCAGUCCGUGCUCUGCCUGCCCAUCAUCUCGCCCGCCAACCGGACCAUCGGGGUCAUACAGCUUGUGAACAAAUUCGGAGGCAUGCCCUUCACGAAGAACGACGAAAACUUCCUAGAGGCGUUCGGCAUCUUCUGUGGCAUUAGCAUCACCAACACGCACAUGUACCAGAAGGCCACCACGGCCGUGGCGAAGCAGGAGGUGACGAUGGAGGUGCUGAGCUACCAUGCCACAGCACCGCUGGAGGAGGCCCAGCGGCUACAGAAGUCACCGGUCCCUUCGGCGCGCUGCUUCAACCUGGACUCGUUCGCGUUCGACGACGAGCUUCUCACCGACGACGACACGCUUAGGGCGUGCAUGCGCAUGUUCCUGGACUGCGGCCUGCUGGAGCGGUUUCGGAUCGACCAGCUGGUCUUCUGCCGGUGGCUGGUGUCCGUCAAGAAGAACUACCGGGCCGUCAUCUACCACAACUGGCGGCACGCCUUCAAUGUCUGCCAGAUGAUGUACACCAUACUGAAGAAGGCGCAGUGGUGGGGCCGGCUGGGUGACCUGGAGUGCCUUGGUCUGCUAAUGGCCUGCCUGUGUCACGACCUGGACCACCGCGGCACCAACAACUCAUUCCAAGCCAAGGUGUCAUCCCCUCUGGCGCAGCUCUACGGCACGUCCACCAUGGAGAGACACCACUUCGACCGCUGCGUCAUGAUACUGAACACGCAGGGGGUGCAGAUCCUCAACAACCUCCGGCCAGAGGAGUACUCCCGGCUCGUGAAGGUGGUGGAGUCGGCCAUCCUGUCCACAGACCUGGCCAUCUAUUUCAAGAAGCGCGGCCGGUUUUUCCAGCUGCUGGAGACGGGCGCGUUCGACUGGCAGCAGGAGAGCUGCCGGGACCUGCUGCGGGGCAUGCUGAUGACCGCCUGCGACGUGGCCGCCAUCGCCAAGCCAUGGCCGAUCCAGCGCCGGGUCGCAAAACUGGUCGCUAGCGAGUUCUUCGAGCAGGGCGACAUCGAGAAGAACCAGCUGCACAUCAAGCCAAUGGAGAUGAUGGACCGGGAGAAGAAGGAUCGGCUGCCUGAUAUGCAGGUCGAUUUCAUCGACUCCAUCUGUAUGCCCGUUUAUAAGGCGGUGGCAAGCCUCAGUCCGGCGCUGGAGCCGCUCGUGGACGCCGUCGAGCACAACCGGCGUCAGUGGGAGCAGCUCUCGCGGACACCCUCACCGCCGCGGCAGCGCACCCAGUGAUGUGCCUGCCCCCCGUGGGCGUCACUCGCCCGCUGUGACGUCCUGCGGCGCGCGCGGCGCAGGAGCGACAGACGGUGCGCGCUGUCGCCGCGAACAGCCAUUUUUUGUACAAAACUUUUGUACAAAGCUCUCGGUGCCACCCGGUGUGCCUGGCGCCCGCCCCAGCACGUGUCCACGAGCCUGGCGAAGACGGCGCGUGGACCGUGGCGGCGUGACUCGGUGCCACAUGCGGGGCCGCAGCGCGAGCGUGCGAUUCUUGUUUAAUUGAACACCAAAUGUGAACUCGUGGUGAGAAGGCCGUGGCGUUACCCGACGCCUUGCGCGCUGUCUGAUCGUAUCACUCAUAUGCGCCUCAAGGAUUGCUGCGCAUGCGCACCUCUCACUCGAUGCCAGACUUCUGGUGCCUCGGGCGCCAUUGCCGCCGCUGACCUUUGACCUGAGGCGUCCCAUGGCGGCUACUGGUGCGCUUCAAAGUGGUGCCGCCACGUGUCCAGCUCGCGGCCUGUGUCAAGCUGCCUGCGGCCAUCCCGCGUCGGCGUGUGAAGCGGUCCAGUGAAGUAGGGCCGCAUCUAUUUUCCAGAUGUGCCGUGCGAUAUUUGUGAGGCCGUCUAUUAUUACAUGGGUGCUUUAUCCUUUUG